GCCUCUCUGCUCCCAGCAAAACUGUCCAAACUUCCUGUAACCAGUUGCCUGCAGCAAGUCUAUGGUGUACUAUCAUUGUGUCACAUAGUUGUUCACAUCACACAGCAACUGUUACUAUUCAGCUAUAAUGCAUUCCUUUAAUUGUACUGUGUACACUCUAGAAUGAAUAGAGUAUAAGAUGCCCUGGAAGGGAGAGGGCAGUGUGAGUCCUUCUGUUGUCUCUGCUCACUGCAUCAGCCUGUAUUAUUUGGGCUGCUACGUGGUCUCAACUGGGGUGUGGCCCAAGUACAUGUCACCAAUAGUCAAUGGAAAACUGGUCAGUACUGGUGGAAUGACCAACCCUCGGUGGAUGCCUGAUUAAGUGACUGCGCUGCAAAAAAACAUGGUGAAGAACACGUCGCUCUACGUACGGAUUGGAGAAGCGAAGGACUUGCCGGGAAAAGACCUCAUAUCUCGAAGCAGUGACCCGUACUGCUUGAUCAAGAUUGACAAUGAGGUGGUUGCAAGGACUGCCACUGUGUGGAAGACGCUGACACCGUUCUGGGGGGAGGAGUACUUUUUCCAUCUUCCAGGAGGCUUUCAAAACCUUUCUGUGUAUGUCUUUGAUGAAGAUACAGUCAGUGAAGAUGAUAUCAUUGGCAAGGUGUCAGUGGACAAAGAUGUUUUACAGGAUACCCCACGAGGUUUAGAAAAAUGGCUACAACUGGUAAAGGUGGACCGAGACACAGAGGUGCAAGGAGAGAUCCAUGUUGAAGCCACAUUGCUGGAAGCAGGAGGGGGAUACAAGAACCUCAAAGUGGAACUCCUUGAGGCAAGGGAUCUGGCUGUCAAAGACAAGACGGGGUCCUCUGAUCCAUUUGCAAGAUUAACCUUCGAGGAGCAGAAAUUUGACACCAGGAUAAUCAAGAAGACACGUUUCCCCAGAUGGCAUGAGUCAUUCACCCUGGCACUGCCGGAGUCCCUAGAGGGCACUGUUGUCGAUAUCACAGUCUGGGACUGGGACCGUGUUGGGGACGAUGACUUCAUGGGGCGGGCUUCGCUCACGGUGUCUGAACUUCCCGUCGGGAGGACUGUGCGUCGGUGGCUGAGACUGGACCCCAGACCGGAGAAAGAGCAAAACUCUGAGGCCAGCAAGAAUCUUGGGUCCAUACGCAUACGUGCUCGCUAUAGUGAAGAGAGAAUCCUACCAUCGCAAUAUUACCAACCCUUGGUGGACCUGCUUGUUGAAUCAGUACUGGACACAGAGUGCCGCUCAACCCCAUUGACUAUGCUGGAAGAGGUCAUGACCCUUGACCGACUAGAGAUUGCCACGACACUGGAUAAGAUCUUCCUUGGUCAGGGCAUGAUCCUACCCUUCCUGGAUGCCCUGAUUCGACAGGAGCUUCAGCAAUCAAGUGACAUCAACACACUGUUCCGAGGCAACUCAUUGGCCACCAAGUGCUUUGAUCAGUUCAUGAAGUUGGUGGGUAUGCCUUACCUCCUUGAAACACUCCAGCCCAUCAUAGAUACCAUAUAUGAGGAGAGGAAACAUGUGGAGCUGGAUCCUUGCAAAGUGGGCAGCAUCAGGAGGCGGGUGAGCAUGAAGAACCGUUCUGAGGGAUACCUCCUGGAGCACAGCGCAACCAUACUUACAGAGUAUCUAGCAUCUAUUGUCAACUGCAUCUUGAAGUCAGUAGACCGCUGUCCCCCUAUCCUCAGGAUGGCACUCAAACAGCUCAGACAGCGAGUGGAGGACAAAUUCCCUGAUAAUGACUCGGACUGCAAGUAUCUGUGCCUGUCUGGUUUCCUCUUCCUGCGCUUCUUUGCUCCAGCCAUCCUCUCUCCCAAGCUGUUCUUCCUGAGGGAUCAGCAUCCUGACAAAUAUGUUGGCCGCACACUGACCCUCCUUGCAAAGGCUGUGCAAACCAUAGGCAACCUGGGCAUCAAGUCGGGCAAGGAGCACUGGAUGCAACCUCUCAGCCCACUCAUCCAAGACAGUGUCUGCCGCAUCAAGGACUUUUUGGACACCUUGCUAGACAUCGACGAAACAGAGAGUGCCAAGCAUGAGUUUUCAAAAUCAGUUCCCAAUCGUGAGGCACAGAAGCGCAGCAUCUUCCACCGCACCACGACCAUCAAGGAGGGCCCUCUGAAAAAGCGACGAGCCGAGGAUGUGUCAGUCAUCACACCAUUCACCUUCAAGAAACGUUACUUCUGGCUCAGCUAUGACAGCCUGUCCUAUGCCAAGCAUGCUGAGGACCAGGUUCGAAACACUAUCUUGAUAGAAUGGGUGUGCAUCGUGGAGUGUGUGGAUGAAGCUGCCUUCCAGUUAGACCAUCUGAUACAGAUCAUAUACCAUGAUGCCCAGGGAGGCUUGAAGACACUCUAUCUGCAAGCAAAGGAUGUGAAUGAGCAGCAACAGUGGUUAUCAGCUAUCCGCAAAACAUGCGUGUCCAACCCCAACAUGCUCAACACAUUCCACCCUGGUGCCUUCCGAGGGUCAAAAUGGACCUGCUGCCUUCAAUCCAGUAGAACACCAUAUGUUGGAUGCAGCCGAGCCCACAACGCAGCAACGCUGGGUGACUGGAGAGAUCCCUUGGACCCAGAUGUAGAGGCUCAGAUUAUAUACAGUCAACUCAGACUGGGCAAAGAUGUCCUGAGGAAAAAGUAUUUGGAAGAGUCUGAUGCUGGAAGUGCUGUGUCCAGAAGGGAGCCAGAGGAGGACUCUGGUAAUGGCACAGAAGAUGAUGCCAACUCACCACCGGCUGUCGUCACUAACUCAGUGGUCACAAAAAUGACCAUCGCACCCCUCUUGUGCAUCCCAGCAGACGGCAGUGUAGUCAGAACCCACAAGCCUUGCCACAAGACGGUGUCUUACCACGACUCCCGCAUGGCCUCUGCUGCCACACUCCUGGAUGUCAUCAAUGACCUGGAGAGGGCACACCUUGCCUUUCAGAGACGAGCUCAGGAAGUUAAGCAAGACAAAGACGAAAGAGCCUGAAAAAAUAAUAAACAAAUGCCUUGAAUCUAGCAUUGUUGAGAAAAGAUCUCAGUAUUUUUGUGUAAAUAAAGGAGUAUUUUGUAAAAAACAAAAACAAAAAAACCCACUCACAAUUUGUGCAAUUGAAGAAAGCAUAUAAAUUGCAAUGCUGUAUAUUGGUGUCUGUCUCAUCUCUGUGUAAAAUUCUGCAAAAUCUAGAGCCAGUAAACCAUACAGUUUGAAAGACUGGGCAUUUUGUAAAUUCGGACUGCAACUCUCUACUGCUGUCUGUGCAGUUACAAAUCUUGUCGAUAUCAAAUGAAAGUUUAACUUCAAUAUCUCCUGAGAAUUUUUGUACUGAUUUUUUUGCCUUGAACUUGGUCUUGUUCUCUUGAAGUGCAUGAAUCCUGUACCUUAGGCAGAUUAUCAUCCUUCAUGUUUAAUACAUACUUUGAAAGAGUAUUCAAUCGCUUUUCUUUAUCAGAAGUGUUUCAAAAAUCUUUAAAAAAGCAAGAUGUUUUGAUAAAUUUCCCUCUCCUCUCCCGUACCAUUCCACUUUGGGGCCUGAUGUGCCAGAUAUUGUUUAUAUGCCACUGUAUUUUUGCCAUGCCAGAUCUGGGCAGAUUGAGGAAAUGUUGAAAAAUACCUCUGACGUUUUUAUCAGUGACAGAGCAACUGAUGUGUUGAUGAAAUUGUUAUACGAGGCCAACUCUUGAGAGCGGGUGUCAAUGAAAUGGAAACAUCACAGAUGAUGUGGACUUCUCAUUUUUGCAGGGCUUUAAAACAUUUACCAUCUCUCCAAAAAUAUUAUCUAUCAAGAUGACCAUUAUCUGCAAUAUGCUUAGCAAAUCCAUUUAUUGUAAGCUUUGGAUAGGAAAAAUAUUUGAGAAAAUUUCUUUCCAUAUAUCCAGUAUCUUCUGCUGAACAGCUGUUUCACACUUCCAUAAUCUUUUAACCAACGGUAUAGAUUGUUAGACCAAUUCCCCAUCACAGAUGUAAAAUGGUGGUAACGUUGCUGGCUUGAGAACUGUGUGUCAUUGUAUAAUGGUUCUGUGCUAAAAUAAUAUUUAAUGACAUUGUGCCAUUUGUUGAACACGUAUUCACAAUGUAUGAUUAAAAUCAUUCCAGAGCAGAAUUUUGAUUUAAACAAAUGUCAGAUAUUUAAGAGAAGAAAUGUCAAAUGAAAAGUUAUAUAUUUUCCAAAUUGUGGGCUGCACCUGUGACGGCUACUAUUCUGUCAUUAAUCCAUCAGUAUUUUCAUCCCACACAGCCUUAAUUCUUUGAAAGUUAUAUAUAUAUAUAUCUAUAGAUUGUAUGAAGAAGAGAUUGAUUUAUUGAAGAGAUUGACUUAUUCAUUCACAUUUAAAAGUAUUUGAUGUAUAAAGCAGAAAGAGUGCAACCCAAAUGCGUUACAUUUAUAAUCUGAAAAAAAGAAGAAGCAAGCACGUGUGUUGUGCAUGAAAGCUUUUAAGAACUGCACAAUAGUACAGUUGUUCAAAGUGAGCAAGCUGAAACAUUAUUAAAAACUGGAAAAGACCAUCGGUGUGAUGGGCAGGUC